AUGAAAGAUAACAACACUAAAUUAACUAAAUCAAAUACUGGUCAACAAGAGAAGGCAAAGGAUUGCCUUAAGGAUUACAAGAAUAAGUCUUGGUAUCAAUUCUGGACUUACAGUUGGAUCAACUCUACUAUUGAGAUUGCCAACACAGAUGGGCUUACUGAAGAAGUUCUAGGAGAGCUAGAUAUCAAAGAUACCGCCCAAUACAUUACUAAUAGAUUUAAAAAUGCAUGGGAAGCUGAAGAGAAUAAGAGUGAAUUUACCUUAAUGAUGGUUCUCUUCAGAUUGUACAAAAAACCACUAUUAAUUAGUAUUUUUGCUAUUUGGCUUUGUAUCUUCCUUGAAGCCAUCAAUUUCCAUGUGUUAGGAGAAGUCCUUUCAUAUGUUGAUGGUGAAUAUGAUAACCAAGCUUGGGCUAUCGCCUGUGUCUUUGGAAUAGCCAUAUCUGAGUUCAUAUCAAGAGGGUGUCACAUGCUUCAAGACACAAAUAUGCUUAGAUGUGCUGAAUCAAUGAGAGAAUGAGUUAAAGGUGCAAUCUACUCAAAAAUGUACAAAAUGUCUGAUGCAACCAACAAAAAGUAUCAGAAAGGGAAGAUGCACAACUUAAUGGGACAAGACUGUGGGAGAGUUUGUCAUCUUGUAUGGCAGAUCCCACAUAUGUCUUCAAUGCCGAUGCUGAUUCUUACUACUUUCUACUCUCUUUACCUUUUUGUUGGGCAUAUAGUUUGGAUUCCUGUUACAAUCCUGUUUGCAAGUCUUGCACUCUGUUACUGUAUCCUCAUAUUCAACAUCAAGUUGGAGAAGAAGAGAAGGAAGGAUGACGAUAACAGGUCAACCAUUCUUAGUGAAAUCAUUGAAAACAUCAAGGUCCUAAAAAUGAACUCAUGGGUGAACUGUUUCGAGAAAAAGCUGAAUGACCUUAGGAAGAAGGAACAUUACAAUGAUCUUAUCGGAAGACUUAUCUGGAUGCCUCACCAUGCUGCUCAUUGGCUAACUUACUACUUGAUGGUUGUCAGCGUCUUCUAUGUCUGCAUUCUUGGCUACAACAUGAAACUGACAGUCCCAACUGCAGUUGCAAUUUGGAGAUUAAUUGGAAAAGUUAAGUGGCAUACAGGAUGGAUCCCAGGAUUUGCCAACUUCUACACUGAAUUCAAAAUUUCAAUUAAGAGAAUCGCCGACUUCCUUACCAAUGACGAGAUUGAAGAGCACAUCACUGAGCUGAAGAACUACGAAGAAGAAGAGAAUGCCAUCGAAAUAAAGAAAUCUAGCUUUUUCUGGGGAUUCGAUCAUAUCGACUCCGAUGAAUCAGAUGAUGAGGAAAAUGAAGAUACUUCUGAUAAAGACAAACAGAAUCAGAAAGUAAAGGUCCAAAGAAAAGAUAGCAGUGAAACAGAUUCGACCAACACAGAUGACGAGAAGAAGGUACAGGAUGUCAACAAUAAAGUUGCCUUGAAGGAUGUUGAGCUCAAGAUCAAGAAGAAUGAAUUUGUAGCAAUUAUUGGAGAUGUUGGCUCCGGUAAAUCUUCAUUAAUCAACACAUUACUCAAAGAGACUUUGUAUGUCGAUGAUGAGACUCUUAACAAGUAUGGAAACACUGAGAUUGAUGAUAAGAAGGAGAAGAAGAUCAAGCUUGAAAAGAAAAGCAACAACGAUACCUCUCCUGGAGUUAUCGACCAAAUCAUGGACUUUAGGAGCAAAAAUACAAAAGAUUCUUCAGCAAGAAUUUCUGUGGCAGGAUCGAUCAGUUUAGUCCAACAGAAACCUUUCAUCCUCAGUCAAACUAUUCGUGAAAAUAUUUUGUUUGGAGAAGAACUUGACGAAGACAGGUACAACAGAAUUGUACAGGCUUGCCAACUUGGAAGCGACCUUGAAAUCCUUGAAGGAGGAGACCUCACCCAAAUUGGAGAAAAAGGGGUAAACCUGAGUGGAGGCCAAAAAGCCAGACUUAGUAUUGCGAGAGCUGUUUAUGCCAAUAGAGACAUUGUCCUUAUGGAUGAUCCUCUCUCGGCUUUGGAUGCUCAUGUCAAGAGGUUAAUCUUCGAUGAAGUCUGCUGUGAAGAACUAAAAGACAGAACCAGAAUCAUUGUCACUCAUGCUGUUGACUUCUUGGAUAGAGUCGACAGAAUCAUUGUUGUUGAAAAAGGAAAAAUCAAGUUGAAUGGAACUUACGAUGAGCUCAUCAAUGAAGGAUAUUUCGAGAAAGUUAUGAAGACAAUAACAAAGAAGAACAAAGAAGAUGAAGAUGAAAACUCAAGCGCAUCUGAUGACUCUUGUGAUAAAGAGGAAAAGAAGAAGAACUACCUAAGCCAGAAAGAAAAGAAGCUUCUCGAAGAUCAAGAUGAUAAAGAAAUCGAAGUCACAAAAUCUACCUACUUGCAAUACUUCAUGUACCUUAAGCAAGGGCUGAUCUUUAUGGGAGUUGGUAUUGCAAUUCAAGCUUUCAUCAGGAUGUGCAACAUGCGAGCUGAUUACCUUUUGCUAAAGUGGGUGCAAGAUUUCACUCAAAAUAAGGUAGCCGAGUUCGAAGCUAUUAAAUACGUUGCCAUAUAUGUAUUUUUAAUGAUCUCAGUUGAUCUCUCAGGAUGGAUCAUUGACAUCGUUCAGAAUUACCUGAUUGAUAAAAAGAUCUUUGCAGAAAUGUUUGAAAAGAUGGUUAAUGCUCCAAUCAACUUGUUCUUUGAUAAAAUGCCUUCAUCGUUGAUUACCAAGAGAUUCUCAGCCGAUCUUAACUCAUCUUCAAGAGAUUUACCUCACACUAUUAAAUGGAAUGUCAGAAACUUGAUUGUAAUGUGCAUGACUAUUUCAUUUGUGACUUACACUGCUCCAGUUUGCUUGCUAGUAAUUCCAUGUGCUAUAUUCUUGUAUUCACUAGUAAUGAGAGGAUAUAUGACUACAGAUAGACAAAUUUCCAGGCUUUUUAGAAAAUCCUCAACUGCAUCUGGAGUACACUUUGGAGAAUCAGUGGAGGGAAUCUCAACUAUCAGAGCUUUUAAGAAGAUUGAACAAUUUGAAGCCAAAAGAUUCUGGCUUAAAGACAGAGAACAUUCUCUUGCUAUUCUAGAUAGAGGACUUAACUCAUGGUUAUGCAUGAGAUUGAUGAGUAUCUCAAUGAUAUUCAUCAUCUUCCUAUACAUCUACUGCAUUGUUUAUAGAGAUAGUCAAGAUACUGUUAUUAUCGGACUCCUCAUGGGGUAUGUCAUCGAACUUCAAUGGAACAUGAAGGAAUUUGUCCAUGAAAUCACCAGAAUUCACAUCCAAAUGGCUUCUUUUGAUAAAUGCAAAAAGAUCACUGAAAUUCCUCAAGAAGCUGCUCAAAGACUCCCAGUGCCAAAAGAUGAAAAUGGAGAGCAAUGGAUGAGCAAAGGCCGUGUUGAGUUCAAGGACUUCUCUCUUAGAUACCGUGAAGACACUGAAGUUGUCCUCAAGAAAAUCAACCUGAGCAUCAAAGCAGGAGAGAAAGUUGGAAUCGUUGGAAGAACCGGAGCUGGCAAAAGUACUUUGUGCUUGGCUCUUUGUAGAAUCAUUGAAGCACUUAGAGGAUCUAUUGAAAUUGAUGGGGUUGACAUCUCCAAAGUUGGAUUGGCUGACCUCAGAGACAGAAUCACCAUUAUCCCACAAGAGCCAGUUCUGUUCAAGAAUACCUUGAAAUUCAAUCUAGACCCAGAAAACAAAUGCUCUGACAAAGAAAUCAAAGACAUGCUUAGAAGAGCCAACCUAGGAGAUCUCUUGACUAGAGAUGGCAAAGGAGUCAACUUCAAAAUCACCGAGAAAGGAGAAAACCUCAGUGCAGGUGAAAAGGCUUUGAUCUGUAUUUGCAGAGCUGCUCUUAGAAAGAACAAAGUCAUCUUGAUGGAUGAAGCGACUGCUAACAUCGAUGUGAAUACUGAAGAAACAAUCCAGAAACUAAUCAACCAAGAGUUCAAAGACUCCACAGUGAUCACAGUAGCCCACAGACUAAACACCAUCAUGAAGAGUGACAAGAUUGCAGUCAUGAGCUUUGGAGAAGUUGCUGAGUUUGGGUCUCCAGAGAAAUUAUUGGAGGAUAAAAAGUCUCAUUUCACAGAAAUGGUUAAUAGAUUUAACGAAUAG